ACACACAAUACUGUAGUUUCAAAACAUGAAGUAUUGAGUUUCCUCUCUCCACACAACAUGUGAGUUUGUUGACCGCAUGAGAAGAGAGGGACAGCGACACAUUUACUUUUACUGCACAAGCACUUAUGUUUCUCUUGUUGAGAACACGUCACUACUUGACCUCACUUCUGUAUAGCACCUCUGCUUCUUCUCGUUUGAGGUCCGUGCAUCCAAAAUAAUGUCGAUUCACUGUCUGUUUACCUGUAGUACAGUCAAUGUAAAACUCCUGUAAAGCAUGGAUGUUUUCCACGCUUUGUUUGUUUUUUUCUUUCUGGGUUCUGGCGUAUAAAUAAGAAUUUAUUGACAAUACAGCCACUCAUCUUCGACGGUUUAAACUACCUCUGUUUUUGCCUCUAAGCUUUGCCUUCCUCAGAGGAUUAAUGCAGUAAUAACACAACAUUUAAAUACAUGUAGAAUUGUUAUGUUUUUCUAGACAUCAUGUUGAUAUAACCAUGAUUUUAACGAGUUAGAGUCUGACUAAAAUGCAUUGUUAAUAUAUUUAUGCAUUGAGUCAAACCGUGGUACUGUGUCGCAUAUGGAAACAUUUCAUCAUGGGAAAUAAAAUGCACUGAAAACAAAUACUAGUCUGUGACAUUAGUGCUACUGUUGGUUAUUUGUUUGUUUCCUCUUCCUUCACUUCAUACUUACUGAUAAAAAGUUUUGAUACACAGUGCAACACCUGGCACAUAUUUUAACCAGUCGCACGAGUUUACCAGCAUUAACAGAAGCUUCAACCAAGCGCUUUAAAAGGGUUGCACCGCCUAAAGUCACUACACCUGAAGAGCAGGAAGUUUUCCUGUAAGCUCACUUGACAGGAAAACUUCAGACCUGAUGGCGGCAACGAGUGUCCUCUGUGAAGAGGACUUGCUUUGUCCUCAAUGCUCUGGGAUUUAUUGCUUUCCUGUUAUGCUAAAAUGUGGCCACAAUAUUUGCAGAGUUUGUUUACACAAAUUCUGGGAAUUGAAAGGAUGUCGAGAAUGCCCUGUGUGUCGCAGUGUGGCUGUUCAGGGGAGGCCUCCUAUAAAUCUGGCACUAAAGUUAGUUGCAGACAAAUAUCAAAAUGAAAGGAAUGGCGGGAAUCAAGAAUUUUGUUGUCUUCAUGAAGAGAAGCUGACGAUUUUUUGCCACAAUGAUGAAAAACCCAUCUGCCUCGUCUGCCAAACAUCAAGCCAGCAUAAAGUUCAUGACUGCUGUCCAGUAGAGGAGGCGGCUCAGCAGAAAAAGGCAGAAAUUUCAGUGUUGCUGGAGUCUCUGAGGAAAAAGUUCAAAACACUGAGCAAGACAAAGGAGCAGUGGGAGGAAACAAAAAAACAUAUUCAGGCCCAGGCUGCUCAAACUGAGAAAGAAAUGAAGGAGGAGUUUGCCAAGCUGCAUCAGUUUCUGCAGAGGGAGGAAAACACCAGACUGAAGGCGCUCAAACGGGAAGAGGAAAUUAAAAACCAGGUGAUGACUGAGAAGCUGAAAAACAUUAAGGACCAGAUCAAUACUCUCUCCUCCACCAUCAGUGAUAUUGAGACGGCCCUCAAAGCAAAGGAGUUACCAUUUUUACAGGGCUACAAGCAGACAAAGAAAAGGGCCAAAUGCAACAUUCAGGAUCCAGAGUACAUCAGAGAUAUCCUGAUUGACUCUGCAAAGCAUCUGGGAUUACUGAAGUACAAACUUUGGAGGAAGAUGGCUGACGGUGUCAAAUUUGUUUCCAUCACUCUGGAUCCAAACACAGCCCAGUCCAACCUAAAGUUCUCUGAAGAGCUGACCUGUGUACAAUUCAGUGGCAAACAAGUCCUACCUGACAACCCUGAACGCUGCACCCACCGUGUGUGUGUCCUGGGAGCCACCGGCUUCACAUUUGGAAAACACAGCUGGACCGUAGAGGUGGGCAAAGGCAAAAGCUGGUGCAUCGGAGUGGCCCGAGAGUCCAUCACAAGGAAGAGUGUUGUCUUCCUUAAUCCAACUGAAGGUUUCUGGGUGAUUAGCCUGAGCGACGGAGACAAAUUCUGGGCUGAGACUGCGAAUCGCACUAAGCUUGUGGUAAAGAAUAAACCUGAGAGGAUUACUGUAAAACUGAACUAUGACAAAGGGAAGGUCGUUUUCAUCAACGCUACUGACUCGACAACAAUACACACAUUCACUGACAAAUUUGCAGAGAGGAUUUUCCCAUACUUCUCUCCUGGAUUGUGUGAGGAGAAAAACGCCUGCCCACUGACAAUCUGUCCACAGACGAUAACGGUGAAUUUAGAGUAGACGCAUGGCUCUGUGUGAGUGUG